CUUCUUCUUGAUCAUACUGCUUUCCGGAUCACUCAUUCAUCGGUAUACACUCGUACCGCUCUCUUGAAGAACACCUGUGGCCAAUUCCGCCUAGCCAGGGACGCCCAUGAUCCCCUUAUAGGUGGGCCGUUACCGAGCCUGCUAAACAACCGAACGACCGAGUCUCGACGUGCUUAGCGAAGCAACGGCUUUUUUUCUUGAACUACUUCAACUUUUCCCGCAGGAUUAUCCCCUGGUAUCUACGCAUGAUGUCUUCGUCGCCAACAUCCACUCCUCACCAAGUACCGUCCUUUUUAGCGAAUAUCCUGUUAUCCCAUAUAUCUCCUUUAGAUCCAUCGUCGACCUCGUCAACGACUUUCGACCACCAUCGUUCUCCCACCACCCAGAACCCCUCCCAUCCUCAAGCUUUGCAAACUGCAGAACAUCCCCCAAACCCUCUGUACCUUCCUCCACCCGCUUUACCGAAAGUUGAGGAGGAUCUGGUUCCUCCAGAGAAUUUUGCAUUGGUCAGUAGUGGAGUAUAUCGGUGCGGGUUCCCGAAGAAAAGAAACUUCAAAUUUAUGGAGACCUUGAGAUUGAAGACCGUCCUGACUCUGGUAUUGGAAGAAUAUCCUAAAGCAAACCUGGAAUGGUGUCAGUCCCAAGACAUACAAUUCAUGCAAUUCGGUAUUCCGGGAAACAAAGAACCUUUCGACAACAUUCCCGAAGACGUAAUUUGUGCGGCUCUCGUUGCCAUCCUCGACCGGCGGAAUCAUCCCAUCCUCAUUCAUUGCAACAAGGGCAAACAUCGUACAGGCUGUCUGAUAGGAUGCAUCCGACGAUUACAAGCAUGGUCUCUCACUUCUAUAUUCGACGAAUACCGGCGAUUCUCUGCGCCUAAAAGCCGAGCGGUGGAUCAACAGUUUAUCGAUUUAUUCGAUAUCAUGCCUGUUUGGGAAGCUGUAUGCCGACCUAAAGGUGGGGGAUUAGGAAAUUUGCCGGAUUGGGGAAUGUUGGUUUUGCCGAAAGGUGUGGUGGAAGUUGGUAGAGAUGGAAAGGAGAAGAAGAGGGUUGAGAGAGAUAUUUUCCAUAUGCGGGGACUAUAAUGCUGAGGCCAUCAGAUGGUGUUUAGAAAUCAUAAAUUUUUAUCCAUAGGAAACUGUAUAAUGGUAGAUAAAUAUGUUGUA